UUGACAUAACCACAAUAUUUUAAAAAUGUCUACUGUUACAAAAACUAUUGCAAAAGGAAGUAAACAGGAACUUAAAAAUAAAGAAAAAGAUCUAAAAGAGGCGACGUCAUCUAAAGAUAUCGAUGACGUGCUUCGGAAAGUCAAAGACAUCGAUAAUGUCUGUUCAUUCGAUAAAUGUAAAAACAAAACAAAUCUCAUUUCAAUAGAUUGUAAGUACUGCCACUCAAGGUUUUGCACAACGCACGGUCUGCCUGAAGUACAUGGCUGCGGAGAGGCUGUAAAAAGAGAUGAAAGAAGGCAAUAUGUCCACCCUGAACCAAAAUUAUCGCAAGAGAAACAUCAGCAGGCCCAAACAAAACUUGCAAUGAAACUCAAGCAGAUGCAACUUGAAAGGAAAUCCAAGCAGGGAUUCCAAGAAAAAGGCAAGAAGAAAAAGUAGUUUUGCUAGCCGCCAUUAUUGUUUAGUUCUAAAUUUUAAAAAAUCUAUUAAAUUCAUAGGUAAAAAUACAUGUAUUUUAAUACAACUAAUUCUGAAUUGGUACUCUUCAAUUCAGUGCGCAUCUAAAUAGUA